AUGAUGCGGAGAAAAGAAGUGUAUACUAUCAUUACGCCGAUCCCCUCGAGCGUUUCCCGCCAACUAGCGCUCGACAUCCUCCACAGUCAUAGUGAGAUCAUCACACUGAACCCGCUCGUCCUCUCCCACCAUGCGAUCCCAGCCCCGCGAGACGCUAUUGCCGACGAGUACUACUCGACAUGGUACGAAAUUAUCGAACGAGUCCAAUAUGUACCGGGGCUAGGUAAAAUGGGGUCCGGGAAGAUCAGCUUCAAGGGCUGUUUUCACAACGUCGAAUGGGGGCUACAGACACACAUGUACGCUCCGAUGGGAAUCGAUCUCCAAAGCAAGUGGCGCAUCGCAGGCAACCAGCCCGACGAACAACCCGAACCGCGAAAUCGACGCUCAGACGGCGCCCCGCAGAGCGGUCUCUAUCUGCGCGAAGAUAUCGAGAUCGAAUGCAACCGCACCCUAAUCACCUUUGUCAAGAGCCAGUUGAAGGCCGCUUCCAAGAUAUUGGUAGAUCGGCUGAUCAAGAAAGCUGAGCUACUGGACUCGGGCGUUUUGCAAGCUAUGGUGGAGGAUGGCAAGUUGACGACAUAUAAUCCGGCCGAUCUGUCGGAUAGGACGGCUUUUCGACGAGCACAUUCGGUCCGAAGCCAGUCGGAUUCAAUGUCAGUGACUUCCUCGCAGGGGCCGAGAUCGCCGGUUGAUACUGCGCAAUUCAGGAUAUCUCCUGGGUACCCUGCCCCGUUACAGGUCGUGAAAGAACAUAGGAAUAUCAUGCCGGUAGAACUACCGGCUGACUUCUACCACCCACAACCUAGUUCUGGGCAUGAUCAAGAGUUGCCAGACGCCAGCCCACCUUCGAGACCAUCGCGACUGGAGAAGAGGUAUGGUGGACUGGGGGUCAUGGAAGAGAAUCCAGAAGAGCAUGGUGAGGAGGGAAUGGGAUAUACACCUUACAGACCACGUCCUCAGGGUUGA